AUGAGAAGCCCUUACUAUGACAAAAAUGGAGUGAAGAGAGGUGCGUGGAGUAAGGAGGAGGAUGAAAAGUUAAGGGCAUUUAUUGAGAGAUACGGCCACAGCAAUUGGCGUCAACUUCCCAAACACGCAGGUUUAUCAAGGUGUGGAAAGAGUUGCCGACUUCGCUGGCUAAAUUACUUGCGCCCGGAGGUAAAGCGUGGAAAUUACACCCCAGAAGAGGACGAACUCAUCAUCAAAUUACAUGAACAACAUGGAAAUAAAUGGUCUUUGAUUGCCAAAAGAUUACCAGGGAGAAGUGACAACGAGAUUAAGAACCAUUGGCAUAGCCACCUAAAGAAGCACGUGGAGUGCAGUCAUGGGGGGAUAUCUGAGAUCAAAACGAAGCCAAGUGGUACUUGUAGGGGAGAAACAGCAAAGUAUUUCGAACCUGAAAACCCUUUGCUUGGUUUUGCUGCUGCUUCCUCCUCAAGCAAUAUUUCAGAAAGCUCACCACCCAUCUGCAAUUCAUCUUCAGCCUUCACCUUCGGAGAAGAAAGCGUUGCUAAUGGUGCAUGGGAAAUAUUUGAACAGUUCGACGAUUUUUGGACCCAACCAUUUAUGCCGGAAAAUACAUCUGACCAGGAUCAUUAUCCAAGUCUAAACUAUGCAGCAAAUGCAGCAGACUUGGACGAAUAUUCCUCAUACCUCUUUGAUAAUGCCGAGUUUUUGUGCCAAGGGUUGCAAGAAUUUCCAGAAGAUCCUAAAAACGUAUAA